AUGACAAUAACCAUUAGCUCAUCUUCAGAAAGCUCCUUAUCAGAUUCAACAUCAAAGACCAGCCCUGCCUCGUUUAUAAUGGACUAUAAAUCUAAUAACAUGAACCAUAGCCAACACCACAAUCAAAAUCAUUACCCCGAUAAUCAACAAAAUGCAUCUUCAUCUUUGCAACAACAACAACAACUGCAACAACUUCAACUGCAACAACAACUGCAACAACGACCUCCCAGACCCAAGAAUGAUGAUGCCCCUUCAAUAUAUGACCUUAUCAUGGAUGACGACAACUCAUCAAUGGAAAUUUUUAAAAUGUAUCUGCACAAAUCGUAUCUACCUCACAAUCAACGAAUCUCGAAUAUUGCAUGGCGGAUUCAGAAUAAGAAAAUGCUAACUGCAACCAGUAAGCCCAUUCCCAUUAAUAUCAAUAAUAAUAGUGGCAGCAACAGCAACAGUAAAGGACGAUCAAGGAGUGGUUCAAUGGUCUCAAAACCCAUGGCUCGGUCCAAUUCAAAUUCGAAAUCAAAUACAAUAACAACUACGAGUGCAAGCAUGGAAAAUAAAUUGCCCAUUUUUGCCAACAAUACAAGGCUACUACAAACAAAAUUGUCUGACACCAACACAAAUACAAACAAAAACAAAAACUCAAACACAAACACAAACACAAACACAAAUGGGAAUAUCAAGAAUAAAAUUGAAAACACAAAUGAAAAAACACCAGAACCCAAUAUCAAUAACCCUAAUAUGGACGAUUUUGAUUACGUCGCACAUAUAAGAAGAAUAAGCAAAACAGACCAGCCAAAGGAUUUUGCUGAUGAGGUCGAGAAUGACUUAUUCCUCUCCUCGUAUAUUGGCAACUUGUCCAAUGGGAUUGGAAGUACAAACCAAAAUACAGCACCAUCGUCAGUAUCGACAUCCUCCCCUGCAUUCAAUAAAUUUAAACACCCACAAAAUAGUUUCACCACAACUAAUACGACAGGCACAAGUGGUAGUGGUAGUAGUAGUAUUACGACAACGACCACAACACCGCCACCACCACCACCAGCAGCACCACCAGCAGCACCAGCCUCUACAUCAUCGUUAUCGACAUCGGCUCCCUUACUCAAAAGACUGAAUAGUGCAUCAUUAAAAAGAAGGCUGACGAUAAAUUCAACAACCCCAAAGAAAAUCCUCCAAUGCACAAACUGUGAGACAAAGACUACACCGUUGUGGAGGAAGUCUAAUAACGGCGACCUAUUAUGUAACGCGUGUGGAUUGUUUUAUAAGCUUCAUGGUGUUUUAAGACCAUUGAACAACAAGAACAAAGCAGGAAGCUCUAGCUCGGGUUUGAGUUCUGCUGAGGUUGCAAAAAAGAGAAUGAAUAAUAACGAUAGGAAAAUUAGUAAUGCCAAUGUCAAUUUGUUUAAUGGAAUGAAUGUGAAGCUGCUGGGAAAUCAAUCUUUUUUACAUCCACAUCCACAUCCUCAUCCUCAUCCUCAUCCACCACCACAACAACCACCACAACAGCAACAGCAGCAACAACAUGCCCCUAGUACGUUACAUAAAAACUACAUACAAUCGCCAGCUCAGCACCAGUUCCAUCAGCAAUAUAAUCCAACAUUUGAACAACAACUAUCUAGGGAACAAUUUCAUGAACAGCCCCAACCCCAAAAUCAUCAACAACAAUUUCCAAAUAUGGGACCGCCUCAAUCACAAGACGAUAUAGACAAACUACUUAAUAUGAACCUUUUCCAGUCAGAUUUUACCGAUAGUCCUCAGGGUAUGUUUCUCCAAGAUUUUCAAAACCAGGCAUCGCAAACAUCGCAAACAUCGCAGCCAUCACAGCUAUCACAGCCUCCGCCAACAAACUCAUUUAUUUCUUUUGGUCACCCGCAAGAGCAUCAUCAACUGCACGGACAAAUACACCAUCAUAUGGGUAAUGUUGACAGCUACGACCAGCAACUGCAGGAACAUCAACAAAAUCGGUUUCACAAUCUGCAACUACAAAAUCAAGACCUUCAUCACCAGCAUCAUGACGAGAUAGACUUGCUAGAACCAGAUGGCGGCCCUCCAGUUGAUCCAAUGAAUGAUUUAAAUUGGCUACACUUUUGA